AUGAAAUUUACUCUCGCUAUCUUGUCAACCCUCGCUACCGUUCUCGCUGCUGACUACGACCUUCACCUCUCGUCGGACAAUUCCGACUUGAACAACCAAGGUUUAGGAGGCAUGCACGAGGGUGCUGGUAUCAAUUACAUUGCCGUUCGUGGAAGUCCUCUUCGUGUUUCUUGGGACAGGUACAACAGAACUUUUACUAGUCACAACCAAGGCGAUUUGACAACUACCUUGUCUGUCAACGAAGGUAACUUUUUGCAAGACAGUGUCACGGAACCAGGAGCAUUUGAUCUUAUCAACUAUAACGUUAUCUAUGAUGGAUCAGACACCUUCUACGCUUGUAAGAACGUCAAUGACCCAUACAACUAUUCCAAGGAAACUUAUCUCAUCUUGAGCUCCAACAGUGUUGGAGACUGUGAGGCAGUCAAGAUUGUUGCCGAGGCUGUUGAAUCGUCUUCGUCUUCUGCUCCUUCGUCUGCUCCUUCGGCUUCAGCUUCAUCAGCUCCUUCGUCCUUUUCUUCAGGUCCUUGGUCGAACACAACCACCACCGACAUCACUGUUACAGACUACACCACAUACUGUCCUAACCCGACCACCAUUACCAUUACCACUUGUACCCAGGACAGAUGUGCUCCUCAUCCUAUCACCAUUACUGAGCCAACUACUGUAACUGUUACUGGUGAGUGUGUGGUCCCAUCGACCCAAGCACCACCACCUCAGGAAACCACUCCAUCCACCACUGUUGCUGGUGAAUCUUCUGUUCCUAGUGUUACUUCAGCUGAGAACGGUGUGGGCAAAAACAUUGCCAACUAUGGUGCUGCUGCCGUUGCCAUUGCUGCCGUGUUGAUCUAA